GAUAACAUACUGCAUUUGCGCUUCUAAGGCUUCCCAAGAAAGCAGCUGCGCCAAACUGCACUCACAGUCACAGCUGCACUCAGGCCGGCUUCCUUGCCAAUUCUGUGCUAUGUCGGUGAUCUGUUGAUAUAAUUAGCUGUCAGUGUACGAUGCCAACUUCUUUGAGCCAUGUCCCUCGGGGCAGGUUCCUGCCCUACAUCCCGGCGGACAACAAGACCUGGGCUGCCGACGAUGUCAUUCGGGCCAUCAAUGACGACCUUGCAGAGCUGCUGAGCGCCCCGGCCUCGGAGUUCUGGGCCACGGUGCGCGACGACGCCUCGCUGCACGUGUGCCUGGACACCUACCUCCGCCACAAGCGGCGUGUGUUUGACGACCCCGGCGGCGGCGACGACGCGGAGGGCGGCGGCGUGGCCUCCAGUGCCGCCAGCCAGCAGCUGGCGCGGCGCGUGUUCAUGGUGCUGCUGAGGCUCGUGACGCCCCCCGAGGCCGACCCCGGCGGCCCGCCCGCCGCCACGCGCGCUGGUCUGCUGUACGACGGCUGGCUGCUGCACGUGCCCGAGCUGAUGGACGUGGCGGCGCUGUACGGCGGGGCAAACCCGGGGCUGACACGCAAGUUCCUGGAGCAGGUGUUUGCGCUGCAGCCGCGCUACUGGGAUGACCUGGCCGCCGCGGCGCCGCUGCUGGCAGGCAACCUGGCGGAGGUGGUGCAGCGGGCCAGCGCGGGGGCGGAGCGGGCGCUGCGCAGCGCGGGCGGCGGCGGCGGCGCGGGCGGCAGCAGCGGCGGCGUCAGCGGGGUGCAGCUGCGGGAGCUGGCGGACGCGGUCGACUACCUCCGCGACGCCGCCCUCACACUCGCCGCAUUCGCCGCCGCCGCGCCGCCCGCCGCCGCGCGCCUGCUGCUGGAGGCUGACGGCGGCGGCCUGGUGCUGGCGGCGGCGGCGGCACACGACCGCCUGCUGCCGCAGCUGGGGCGGCUGCUCGCAUCCAGCAGCAGUAGCAGCAGCGGUAGCGGCAGUAGCAGCAGUCAGGCCUUCUCCUCCUCCUCCGCCGCCGCCAAGCUGGCCCCGCUGGCCGCCUGCUGCCGCCGCCUGGGGGCGGUGCUGCUCAAGUACGGCGGCUGCGGCGCGGCGCCGCCGGGCGGAGCGCCGCCGCCCAGGCCCAUGCCGCAGGCGGCCGAGGCGCAUGGCAACGAAUUGAUGACCCUCCUCAUGGCGCUAGCCUCCUCCGCGCCGGCGGCGGGAGGGGCGGGAGGCAGUGCCGGCGGCGGCGGCGGCGGCGGCGGCGGCUACUUGUCGCUGCUCAACGCCGAGUACGGACUGGACGCGGAGCUGGCGGCGGCGGUGGUGCAGGGGCAGCUGGUCCUGGACGACGCCCAGUUCGACUACCUGCUUGCGCUCAUGGGCGGCAGGCCGCACGUGAUGCAGGCGGCGAGGCAGCAGCAGCAGCAGCAGGCGGGGGGCAGCAGGGGCGGCAGUGGCGCCAGCGGCAGCAGGGGUGCAGGAGCAGGAGGCAGUGGGGGAGCGGCAGCAGCAGCAGCAGGAGCUGGUGGGGGAGGUGGUGUGGGCCCCAGCCGGCCGAGGGAGGACCCGGCGGCGGCGGCGCGGCGCGCGGCGCUCGUGUCGCAGGUCCGGGACCUGCUGCCUGACUACGGGGCCGGGUUCGUGGCGGCGUGCCUGGAGGCGUACGGCGACAACACGGAGACGGUGAUCAACCGAUUGCUGGAGGGCAGCCUGCCACCGCACCUCGCAGAGCUAGACACACAGCUAGCCACGUGGCCACCCGCCGGCAUCUCCCCCGCCGCCGCCUCCGGGCCGGGGCCCUCCGCCUCCUCCGCCUCCGGCGCAGGCCCCUCCACCUCUUCCGGAGCAGGGCCCUCGGGCAGUGGCGGCGCGGCGGGCGCGAUGUCGUCAUGGAGCUCGCUUGCAGGCCUGGCGGCGGCGGCGGCGCCGGCGGCGCCCGCCAUGCCGCCGCCACCGGGCGCUCCCGGCGGCGCGGCGUUUUGGAAGACGGGGGCUGGCGGCGGAGGCGGCGGCGGCAAGAUGCACCGCGGCACGCUCAAGACGCUGGACCGCGUGGACCGCGACGUCCGUACACUCACCUCCCGCAUGGGCGAGGAGCUGCAGUGGGAGUACGACGACGAGUACGACGACUCCUUUGACGACCUGGCGGCUGGCGGCGCCGACGGCGUGGCAGACGCCGAGGGAGACGACGACGACCGCCGCGGCGGCGGCGCCGCCGGCGGGCGCCCGGUGGCGAUGGUUUCGGCGGCGGCGGCGGCGGCGGCGGCGGCGCCUGGCGGCGCCGCCGGGGCAGGCAGGAGCCGGCUGGGCGCGGCUGCGGCUGCGGGCGGGUAUGAGGAUGGGCCCAGUGACGGCGGCGCCCGCCGCCCGGCGGCAGGCGCGAUGGGAGCCGGACGGCCGGCGGCGGCGGCGGCUGGCGGGGGCGGUCGGGCCGCUGGAGCGGCGGGGCCGUCAGAAACGCCGCGCCGCGCGCCGACGUUCAUGGGCUCUGCGCCGCCGGCCGCCGGCGGCGGAGGCCGCGGUGGCGGAGCCGGCGGCGGCCGCGGCGCUGGCCCGGCCGGCGGCGGGCGUGGCGGGCGUGGCGGCGGCGGCGGCGAGCGGCUGUGGGUGUUGGACGGCAAGAUUUACAACUAUGCCAAGGAGGGCGCCCAGGCGGUGUCCAGUCGGCAGGAGGCGGACGCGGCGCUGGAUGCCGCCAAGCAGGCAGCCAUGGCAAUCCACGGCCUGGGUCCCGGUGGCAACAAAGGGGUCAUGCGGCAACCGCACCACCAACAACAACAACAAGGUGGUGGCGGCGGCGGCGGCGGAGGCGGCGGAGGCGGCGGCGGAGGCAGUGACAGUGAUGAUGGCCCGGACGGCAACGGCGGCGCUGGCGGCCGUGGUACCGGUGGCCGGGGUGGCAGCGGCGGUGGGCGUGGCGGCGGCGACGGCGGGCGCGGCGGCGGCGAAGGCGGCAGCAACCCCCAGCGGAGCUACGCGCGAAAGGAGCAGAACAAGGCGGCUGUGGCCAACCACCACCGGAAGGACCGCGCGCUGCGAAAACAAGGCAUGUUCUGAGCCAGUGCCUUCGUGGUGGCAUUGUAGUGCCCUUGGCAGUUUUUGACGAUAUCAGGCAGGUUGGCAGGUUUGCUAAGGUUGUCAAGCUUCUCAAGGUUGCUAGGUGGCCGGAGUGCUGGCUACCGUAGACAGGGGAUGGCUGAAAGGUAGUGUGCGUGUUGCGGAGAUGUGCGUGUGCGUGUGACCGUGUGUGCAACGACGGGAUGUGUCUAUGUCUGUCACGUUGCUGCGUUUGCCGGUGGCCGACUUGCUGGCCGGACUCAGGCCAUGGAUUGCCUGGCAUGAAGGCGCUGACCGGCUGACGAGAUGCCAGGUUGCGAUUAGAGUAGGUGGUUUGGGGUGUGUGUGCCUGGGCGGGUUGGCCCCAUCGACCCCUGUGGUGCUGCGUGCACGGGGGCUUGCGCCUUGCGGACUGUGCACUGCUCCGGUAGGUGUAGGCGGAGAUGGCACAGGCAAAUCCGUGUCACCUGUCCGUGCUUACGGCAGUCUUGGCUGAGGAGCUUUGCAUUGGAACUCGGGCACAGUUGCAACACAAGCGUGUGCAGUGCGUGCGCUGUGCGGCAGCGGGCACAGGAGCGUGAUCUUGAGAGCACGGGCAGUGGCACUACGGUCCCAACUUGUAUCCACCAAUUGGCUGUCUUUACAUCCAUC